AUGUGGCCCGCGCAAGACGCCGCCAAGGAAGGUAACUGGGCACUGGGCAGGUAACUGGGCACUGGGCGGGCGGGCCGAGCUGCGAUUGGUGCGUCUCCGGCGGCGGCGCUGCGCGAUUGGCCCGCCCACGCUCUCCGCUCUGCUCCCUCCAGGUGUCGCUUGGCCUGUGCUGCUCUUGCUGUGGGCGCUCGAAAAGCCGCUGGGAGGAGGCUGCUCCGUGGCCGAGUGUGCCGGCGAAGACGCCGACUGCCGCUUCUUAGCUGUGGCUGAUCUCUUCGACCGGGUCAUCCUGCACUCCAGCAGGAUCUACAGGCUCUCCACAGCCCUCCACUUAGAUCUGGUGGUGAGUUUCUGGGCUUGUCCCAACUUCCCCCUUACUUCCAUUCUCGAGCUGCGGUGGGUUGAUUUUAAAAUAUGUGGCGGAAGGAGGGGAAAAAUUAUGGCGUUGUUCUUGUUUUUAUAUAUAUUUUUAUUAUGUAUUAUGUGUUUUUAUAUUGUAAUUUUAUGGUGUGAAACACCCUGAGACCUGCGGCUAUAGGGUUGCCAUAUUUCAAGAAGUAAAAAAAUACAGACACCCCCAAAGUUGUUGAGGUGCUUUUUUUCAGGAAAACUCCAAAAUUCCACCUUCCAGAAAUUCCUCCCCGGACGUCGCUUCUGCCUUUGAAAUCCCGGUAACGUCCAGAAAAUCCCGGACUUAUGGCAGCACUGGGUAUAAAAAUACAAUAGUCAAACACAGAAGACUAACUGCCCAAUUGUGUGCAUAUUUAUGGUAUUCAAAUGUUCUUUCCCACCCCAUAUAUUGUUGUUGUUGUUGUUGUGUGUGUGUGUACACACACACAUAUACACAAAUAGACACCUACUCAUAUCUUCUUUUCAGAAGUUUAAAAGCCAUUGUGAUGUAGUGGUUAGAGACCUGGGGAAGAACCAGCUUCAAAUUGCCACUCUUACUUAAAGCUCAUUGCUGUGGUUUAGGGGGGAGGUCAUUUUUUCCCAGCCUAAAGUGAGGGCAGGGGAGAACUAUGUAGACUGCCUUGAGCUUCUUGGAGGACAGGUGGGAUUAAAAUGGAUGGGUGGAUAAUGCUAGGAUAGCAGUCUUUAUUUCAUAACCCCAUCUUCCUGAACAUGAAGCCUACGUGUGCACCUCUUGCAAACCUGUGAGUUCAAUAGCUAUUUCCUCAUAUGUAUUUUGGGAGCCGUAGCUGUUAGGUGCAAUACGGUACCUUUGGAUGCACACGGUACCAGACAACAUCUGGUUUUGUUGCGCCAUCAGGGAAGUAUUAGGUCCUGUCCUAUCCAUGCAGCCUCCUCAAGUUGUUGACUGUGGAAAAGAUCUAUGCUCUGACAAAUUAACUCCUGAGACCUUCUUCUUUCAUUUGCAGGGAAAAUAUUUUCUACCCGGUGGGAACGAGCUGACCAAAUCUGUUGGCAAAUGCCACACCUCCUGGUUGUUGACUCCCAAUGCCAAAGAAUAUGUUCAGAAAAUGCCAGUAAGUACAACAUGGCAUGAUCUACAUUGCUGAUGUAGCCAGUUACCCAGUUUGGGGGCAAGGGACUUGGCCACAAGACAACCAGUGGAUCCUUCCAGCAUAAUUUCUCUGACAAACAUCACUUCCAUACAACUUUUUAGUGAUUAUUCAACUUGAUUUGUUUGCCCAAUUUUGGGGGGAGGUUCUAUGAUGCCCACGUUUUAUUGGGGACCCGUUUGGAUUUGCUUAAGAAAGCUUUUGUUGAGGUGACACUAUGUCUAACAUUUGGUGGGGAGGUUCUACAACAUUGUGUCAAUCAAAUGCUCCACUCUUUCCAGUGCACUUUCAUUAUCGCAAAAUGUGGUUGUUGGUUGGUUUUUUUAAGUAAGUGAAUUCAUUGCACUAGAAUGCCAAAACCGCUCAUGUUCUGGAGGAAGAGUUGGCUGCCUGCAUCCACAUUAAAUUUAUGCUCCCUCUUCCUUCUCCUCUGCCAUUAACAUGGUCAAGUUGUAUUACAACAUGCACCUCUCUGAUCUACACCAACCUUUGGGAAUCCCCAGUGGCUCUCCUCUACCUUUGCUGCUCUGCUGAUGUCUGGCACACCACCUCUCUCCUCUUUGCACUCUGCCCAUGUCUUUGCUUCUUUCCGCAGAGCCAUAUGCUCUAAUCUCUUGUUCUUCCUCUCCCCACUUCCCCUUCUCUACCUCCUUCUCUACCUCCCUUCUCUCUCCUCCUGCAGCUCUCUGUAAAUUUUCAUAAUUUCUCUGUCUAGCUUGAAGAGUUCAGGGCUGUGCUAGUCCCCUUCUAACCUCCCUUCCUCUUCAUCUCAUCCCUUCCUCUUUCCUGUUUACCAUCUCCCUUGCCCUCUUCCUCCUUUCAGUCACAAAAACGGUCUCUUUUUCUCUCCCACUAGAGUCAGUCAGCAUGGUGCCCUCCAGAUAUUGCCGGACUGCAACUCCCAUCAUCUCUGACCAUUGGUAACGCUGGCUAUGGCUGAUGGGAAUUGCAGUCCAACAGCUGGAAGCCACCAUGUUGGCCAUGCUUGCACCAGAGGAAGAAGGAAGCAGUUUUCACUGACCACCAUCCCAGUGCCCUCGCCCCCCAAAAAGCUGCCAUGGAAGAUCAGGCGUUUGGAACAGCAUGGGAGGUGGCGUUGGGAGGUGCAAGGUGAAGGAGGAAUUGGGGCAUGGAGGGGGAAUCACUUCCUCAGCUUCCUUCAGCAGAGCACCCCAUGAGCAGAAUUUUCACUCAUGAGGGAGUCUUGAUCCAACUCACAAUGCUGAAUAUGCUGGAAGGGAACAGGGAUGGAAAGGACAGCCAAGGCAAAUUGAUAUUUGUCUUCUUUUAUCUGUCUCUCUUGUACACUCAGAGAGAAGAGCUAACGCAAUUGAUCCUAAGGCUUUUGCAAGCCUGGAAAGAGCCUCUGUCCCACUUUGACCAGAGCAGAGUCCAUCAUCCUAAAUUGUCGGAUGGGAACCUGCACAAAGCCAAGGAAAUCAGCAACAUGGUGCAGGAGCUGGAGACGGGAGUGGAAAAAAUCACGGAGAAGGCUAGUUUGGUUAAAUUCAGGCAGAACGGAACUUUGCUUGUGACUUGUAUGUUGUGCCCUGUGGGAAACAAGCCUUACAACAGGGCUUAAGGAUCUUUUUCAGCCUUUUCCCAGCCCUCAUUCCCUUCUAAGCAGCCUUUUAAGAACCACAUGCCCUUACCAGAGUUCAAGGACAAAUUCCAGGCAGGCAAACAGCAGUCAAGGAGAGUAUGAAGCAGGCUGGAGAGGGGUGUGGCCUGGGAAGAGGAGGUGUGGCUAAGGAGGGGGUGGAGCCUCAGGAGAAUCUCAAGAGCUCAACAGACAAGCAAAGGGUGCUUAGUGAAGAGAUCCCAUUGGUAUAAGUUUUCUAAAGUAUCCCUGUGAGAUAGAAUGCUCUUUGUCCAUAGCUGUAAGCCUGACAUCACUCACCUAGGAACAAGCCCCAUUGAGUUCAAUAGCACUUACUUCUGAGGCUUUCAGUCCAAGUUAACAUCCUAUAAACCUGCCUUUCUCCACCUUGAAAUUUCCAAUGAAAGCCCCAAGUGGCAGAAGUAUAGUAUCAAAAAGUCAGCUAUGAAUGGAUUUUUACAUGGGAUUCAAGGAAUAUUUAUUCUUCUUCCGUGAUCACUAGAAGAGGCAAAUAACUAUGCUGCAAUCUUGGCCUCCUAACUAUUGGAAAUCCUUCUCAGUUCUCCCUGCCCAAUCAACCAUUUCUAUAAUCUGUAAGGACUAGAAACUUGUGCUGUUUUAAAUGAAUGCUGAGAUUACCACGGUAUUUCUUUUAAUAAAAAAUAAAAUUCUGUGCUUCUGCAGUUAAGUCACAGCCUAUGUAAAUCCCUGGUACUACUUCCACAUUUCUAGUUUAAUGCUAAAAUGCUAGUCUUGAAAGUUUAGAAUAAUGCCAUGUCAGUUAUUUCUGAGCACAUUGGUUAAAACUAUUCAUAACUGAAUAUUUCACGAACUCUGAUUCUGAUAUUUUUAACUCUAGUCCUAUCAUUAUUUUUUUCAGGAAUGUAGGUUUGGUUUUGUGUACAUCCUGUCUUCAUUUCAUUUCAUUUUUCUUUCUUUUAUUCAGAUGCAAUCAAUGGGGAUUUUCAGCAAUUCGCUCAGCGGCGUGGGAUCAUCCGAAGCAGCUGGUUUAUCCAUUAAUAAUGAAGGCAAUUUAAUGAGUGACUAUGAGUUUAUCCAUUGCUUCAGGAGAGACUCCAACAAAGUACAAAACUACUUAAAAGUUCUCAAAUGUAGGAUUGUGCCAGCAAAUAGUUGCUGAAUUUUUUAAAUCUGCAAUGGCAAGGCAGUUUCCAG